AUGCCCAUCUGGGACUCGCUCAGUGGUCGCAAACAACCUCAAGGGUCCGAGGCUUUCGACCCUUCGACCGCGGAAGAUGCCACUUCGUUUCUGUCCGAAGUCGCCAUUCCGGACCCGAACAAACUCCAUCCCCUGGCCGGUCUAAACCAGGAUACCCUCGACUACCUCACCCUCGAAGACUCCGCUCUUGAUGAACUCCCCGGCUCCCGCUCGGUUUUGCCAUCUCGCGGCUGGUCCGACGACCUGUGCUAUGGCGCUGGCACGACGUACCUCGCCGCGCUCACAAUUGGAGGCGCAUGGGGACUUGCGGAAGGAUUGAACAAAACACCAGUCACGGCACCGCCUAAGAUUCGUCUGAACGGUGUGUUGAACUCGGUUACCCGGCGCGGUCCGUUUCUGGGGAACUCGGCUGGUGUUGUGGCGAUGGUCUACAACUGCUUCAACUCGUCACUGGGAUACGCGCGCGGUAAACACGAUGCUACGAACAGUAUUCUGGCGGGUGGCUUGAGCGGAAUGCUCUUCAAGAGCACGCGUGGUGUUAAGCCCAUGAUGAUUUCGGGAGGUAUUGUGGCCACGAUUGCUGGCUCCUGGGCGGUCGUGAGAAAGGCCUUCCUUUAA